CCAGCUGAUUUGGGAGCCAAGCGAGUGGGUGACAGGUCGCUCCUGACUGGGAAGGUUGUCCUGCACGUCAGUGCUGGGUUUUGGUUCAGAGGGACCAUGCAGAGAGGCAGGAAGGCAGAGCUGUUCCCUGGGUUGCUCCCCAGGGCCUGAGCUGGGACCCAGAGUUUUCAGGGGCAGGCGAUGUCCCCGAGGGAACAGAGGUCUCUGGUCCCGUCUUAAGCUCUGCUGGGUCCCCGUGACAUCACCGGCCCCCCUAGCUGCUACUGCUGCUGCUGCUGCUGCUGCUGCUGCUGUGAGUUCUGAGCUGGGUGCUGGGGCCGGGCCGGCACCAGGCACAGACACUUCGGCCCUUGUUGGGAGAACAGAGAGAGGCUCUCUUGUCCGCGGCCUGACCCUCCGGCUCCAACUGCUGGUUCUUUCAGUGGCCUCUCCUCAGGCUGCGCAGCUCACCUGAUCACUGUUACAGAAUGGACUCUAGCCGGGCAGGGACCCCUAGCCCUCAGCCCUCAAGGGCCAAUGGGAACAUCAACCUGGGACCUUCAGCCAACCCAAAUGCCCGGCCCACCGACUUUGACUUCCUGAAAGUCAUUGGCAAAGGGAGCUACGGGAAGGUCCUACUGGCCAAACGCAAGUCUGAUGGGAUGUUCUACGCAGUGAAGGUGCUGCAGAAAAAGUCCAUCUUAAAGAAGAAAGAGCAGAACCACAUCAUGGCCGAGCGCAGUGUGCUGCUGAAGAACGUACAGCACCCCUUCCUUGUGGGCCUGCGUUACUCCUUCCAGACGCCUGAGAAGCUCUACUUCGUUCUCGACUAUGUCAACGGGGGAGAGCUGUUCUUCCACCUGCAGCGGGAGCGCCGGUUCCUGGAGCCCCGGGCCCGGUUCUACGCUGCUGAGGUGGCCAGCGCCAUCGGCUACCUGCACUCCCUCAACGUCAUUUACAGAGACCUAAAACCAGAGAACAUUCUCUUGGACUGCCAGGGACACGUGGUACUGACGGACUUUGGCCUCUGCAAGGAGGGUGUAGAGCCUGAGGAGACCACAUCCACGUUCUGUGGCACCCCUGAGUACUUGGCCCCAGAAGUGCUUCGUAAAGAGCCUUAUGAUCGGGCGGUGGACUGGUGGUGCUUGGGGGCAGUUCUCUACGAGAUGCUGCAAGGCCUGCCACCAUUCUACAGCCAAGACGUGUCCCAGAUGUAUGAGAACAUUCUGUACCAGCCACUACAGAUCCCCGGGGGCCAGACUGUGGCUGCCUGCGACCUCCUGCAAGGCCUUCUCCACAAGGACCAGAGGCAGCGGCUGGGCUCCAAAUCAGACUUUCUUGAGAUAAAGAACCAUGUAUUCUUCAGCCCCAUAAACUGGGAUGAUUUGUACCACAAGAGGCUGACUCCACCCUUCAACCCAAACGUGGCAGGACCUGCUGACUUGAAACACUUUGACCCAGAGUUCACCCAGGAAGCUGUUUCAAAGUCCAUUGGCUGCACUCCUGACACUGUAGCCGGGAGCUCUGGCACCUCAAGUGCAUUCCUGGGAUUUUCCUACGCACCAGAGGACGAGGCCAUCUUGGACUACUAGAAGAGAAGCACUCGUGUAACUGCUGAAGACAGCUGCUCCCUGCCCCAGGAGUAAUGGGGGAUGAAGCUGGAAGACCAUGGAAGACACACCAGUGGCACUAAUACUGACCAACUGGAGAUCCAAGCUGGGUCAGGAAGAGUUACUGUUACGCUUUGGCAUGUGCUGAGAACUUUCAAAAAAACAAAACAAAACACUCUUCUUUGGUUUCCAUCACAACAGCAUCUGUUAACUGACAAAUAUGGAACAUGAUGAAGGAGAGGCCCAAAUCCCCCCAAAUUCCCAAAGCAAAAAGCGAGAGUGUAAUUGUCAGAAACAUGAUAGUACUGUCAAAAGUACACAACCCACUAUGGGUUGUGAAACACCCAAUGAUUCUAUUGUUCUAAGACUAAAGUCACAAAAUUUUCACCAGGAUAGAAAAUAAAAAUGAAGAAGAACUAUGAUAUUGAUCAUACUUCAUCUAUGUUUAUUAAGCAUGUUCUGAUCUUUACAUGCAUUAUCUACAAUCCUCACAAUAAAUCAGCAUUUAGAAAUUA